CGCCGGAAGAAGUUCUGGCGGCGGCCGCAGCGGCGUUACAUCACCAUCAUCAAGGUCCCGGCGGUCCUACGAUGAGGCCUCUGAGGCCGCCGCUACCGCCGGGGAUGCUCCAUACAUCACCGCAUCCUUUGGCUACGCAUCAUCCCCUCACGGCGCCACAUCAUCCCCUCGUACCUCCUCAUCAUCCGGAAGAGGACGGUGUCGUCGAUGACCCCAAAGUCACGCUCGAGGGUAAAGAGCUCUGGGAGAAAUUUCAUAAGCUCGGGACAGAAAUGGUCAUCACGAAGAGUGGCCGGCAGAUGUUUCCUCAGAUGAAGUUUCGAGUUUCCGGUCUGGAUGCCAAGGCCAAGUACAUCCUUCUACUGGACAUUGUCGCCGCCGAUGACUACAGAUACAAGUUCCACAACAGUAGGUGGAUGGUAGCGGGUAAGGCGGACCCGGAAAUGCCGAAGAGGAUGUACAUACAUCCGGACUCGCCCAGCAGCGGCGAACAGUGGAUGCAGAAGGUCGUGAGCUUCCACAAACUCAAGCUCACCAACAACAUCAGCGACAAGCACGGCUUUACGAUACUGAACUCGAUGCACAAGUAUCAGCCGAGGUUUCACCUCGUGCGAGCCAAUGAUAUCUUGAAACUUCCGUAUUCGACAUUCAGGAGUUAUGUUUUUAAGGAGACGGAAUUCAUCGCCGUGACGGCCUAUCAAAAUGAAAAGAUUACCCAACUGAAAAUCGAUAACAACCCCUUUGCGAAAGGAUUUCGAGAUACUGGUGCGGGGAAGCGCGAGAAAAAAAGGCAGGCGCUAUUGACAGUAUCGGGCGGCGGUUCCCGUUUGACAGCGGGUGGACCAGCAUCUCCGGACAAGCGGCGUUCGUCCAAUUCCGCCACCGACCUCAUGGACGACGAGGACAAGCUGCUGGAUGUGGUUGGACCCGAUACACCGCACCCAGCCCAUCACCAUCGAGAACGAGAGCACUCACGCGAGAGAGACGAUCGAACGAGCGAACGAGGCGAGGGUAGCGAAUCGUCCGGGUCCGAGAGCGGUGGCGGGCCAGGCCCAACGGGCUCCGAAGGUCCACGGCCGGAUGUCUCGGUCGGACCACCGCUUCAUCCGCCUCUUUUGCCGUAUCUGUAUCCGCCAGUGCCGGGACUCUAUCCCGGUCCCGGUCCCCUGAUACCACCCACUCCUCUUGGACUCCACGGCGGUGUCACCCCCGGUAUGCUGUUUAACGCCCAGCUGGCCUUGGCGGCCCAGCAUCCCCUCUUUGCACACUAUCCUCAUCCCCUGGCGAGUCCCCUGCAUCAGCUCAAGGGACACAGAUUCGCGCCCUAUACCCUCCCGGCGCCCUCGCAUGGCUCAGCAUUCGAGACCGUGACCCCCGGUAGCAGAACCCUAAGUCCAAGAUCACCGCCGCCGAGGCCGCCGACCGAUUCGCCGACACCCACUGGUGGUGGUGCCCUCAUCUCAACGACGCCCAGCUCCGCCGGUGAGCUCAAAUCCAUCGAGAACAUGGUGAACGGCUUGCAGGAGAAGAGAAGGAGAAGUCCGAGUCUGACGCCCGGACAUCGGGGCGACGACGCCGGCGGAGGGAGUCCGUGACAGGAGAACGAACCUGUGAGCAGCACCAAGGACGAUGACCCUGACGAAGACGAGAACGAGGAUUGCGCCGACGAAUCCGGCGCCGAUCCGGAGGACCUUUCUGCCGACGAGAGGGAGCCGGACUCCACGUCGGAGCCGUCGUAGCGGCGGGAACGUUCGCUUCUCGGCAUUCUUUUCUCCCUCUCUCUUCCUCGUCCUAUUCGGGGGUCCUGGCCGUACCGGAUGAGUGUGAGGAAGGCCAGACUCUUAUACUACAAAGUGCAAUUUUAUUUCCGGAGUGGCGCCGCGGCUCGAAAAGUCGUUCUCGCAAGCGAGUGCGGCGCCCUUCGUGCUUUCGGGACUGAACAAGGAGUCCCGCGUGUUUCCUGUAUCUGUAAAUAAACCUACGUCAGAGUAUGAUAUCGCGCGCGUAUUAGGAGUGUGUGGGAUCUCUGUUAGGACCGCGAGGCGGAAUGCGUUGGACUCUCGAUGAAUGCUGCGCCGAUCGCGCGUUGAUGUAAAUUAGAUGAGACGCGAGAAUAAAUGCGAUGAGGAGAAAAUGAAUGUAUGAGAGAGAGAGAGAAAGAGAACUAGAAAAAAAGGGUAAGAGUCUACGAGCGCGUACCUGUGUCCCGUGUGAGUCUACGUUCUACCUGUGUACGUUAAGUCUUAAAGGAACAAAACAGAGAACGAUAUUGCAAUAUAAGAGCACCUCCUACUAUUUGC